AUGUCAAUGCAGUCUUUUAAGUCUUUGUUUGAUCGCCGGAUCCAAUCCAUCUUCCAAAUUGUGUUGUAUUCAAUUCUAAUCUUAGGAACUGCAAGGUUAGUCCUAGAUAGUUUGAAGCAGAGCCAUGUUUAUAGGCUCUAUGGCAAGCCACAAGGUGAAAGAAAUAGAUUACCAGUUGUAGUUUUGCCAGAGGAUCGUUUUGAGGAAGAUUGCAAUGUAUUUGAAGGGACAUGGGUGUGGGAUAAUGUGUCCUAUCCUCUUUAUGAAGAAGAGAAUUGCCCUUACUUGGUUAAACAGACAACUUGCCAGAAGAAUGGGAGACCUGAUUCUUUAUACAAGAAUUGGAGGUGGCAGCCUCAUGGAUGCAACCUCCCAAGAUUUGACCCUUUGAAGUUGUUGCACAUGUUGAGGAACAAGAGAAUGAUGUUUAUCGGAGACUCAUUACAAAGAGGCCAAUUUGAGUCUCUGAUCUGUUUGGUACAAUCCAUAAUUCCAGAAGGAAAGAAAUCCCUCCAAAGAAUUCCACCUAUGAAGAUCUUCAAAGCUGAGGAGUUCAAUGCAUCGAUUGAAUACUACUGGGCUCCAUUCAUCGUUGAAUCCAUUUCAGAUCAUGCAACAAAUCAUACUGUCCAUAAACGAAUGGUUAGACUAGACUCCAUUGCUAAUCAUGGGAAACAUUGGCAAGGAGUGGACAUUUUGGUGUUUGAGAGUUAUGUUUGGUGGAUGUAUAAGCCUUUGAUCAAUGCUACAUAUGGAUCACCACACCAUGUCCAAGAAUAUAAUGUCACCACAGCAUACAGAUUGGCAUUGAAAACUUGGGCAAAUUGGUUAGAAUCAAAUAUUAAACCGCUGACUCAAAAGGUCUUUUUUAUGAGUAUGUCACCAACACAUCUAUGGAGCUGGGAAUGGAAGCCAGGAAGUAAUGAAAACUGCUUCAAUGAGUCAUACCCAAUCCAAGGUCCAUAUUGGGGUACCGGAUCAAGUCUUGAGAUUAUGAAGAUAAUAAAUAAUGCACUACAAGAACUGAAAAUAGAUGUCACCUUGUUGAACAUCACCCAAUUAUCAGAGUACAGAAAAGAUGCUCACACAUCAGUUUAUGGAGAAAGAAAGGGCAAGCUCUUGACAAAAGAACAAAGAGCCAACCCAAAAUCUUUUGCUGAUUGCAUUCACUGGUGCUUACCUGGAGUCCCUGAUGCAUGGAAUGAAAUUCUAUAUGCAUAUCUGUUGAAGAAUCAUCAAAACUUUUCUUGACAUGGGGCAAAUAUACCAUGACAGAAAGUACAAACAUCUUUCAGAUGUGAGGCACAU